CGAGUAUUAUUCACCGUACGUCUUGAAUAUUAUAACAGAAGAAACACCGGCCCCUCCUCCUCAAGGAAGCCCCAGGGCCUGUAGAACUCUUAUUUGACAGUGAUCAGAACAAGAUUGGGACAUGAGACUACUACUACUAGCUAGCCAAGAGGAAGAGGUUGUCGUUGUCGCCCCAAGGAAACCAAGGUUCCGGUGCCUCCACGGGUACAGGACCAGCGAGGAGAUCAUCAAGGCACAAAUUAAUGAGUGGCCGGAAUCCUUUCUUCAGAGGGUCGACCUUGUCUUCCAUGAUGGUCUCUUCCAGGCAUAGGACUAGUCCGAGGUCAAAGGCAUCCAUGUCCCUCCCUUCUGUGAAUGGUUCCAAUACAACCAGUGUACAAGAAUCUCGAGAAAUUAUUGCUUCGAGUACAUAGAAGAUGUGAUCAUCAAGCAUGGACAGAUUGAUGGGUUGAUAGGUUUCUCAAAGGGAGCGAUUUUGUUGGCGGCCCCUACCGGACUGCAAGCUAAGGGAAUGGCACUCAAGAAGCUGCCAAAGAUAAUGUUCUUAAUAAUAAUCGGAGGGGAAAAGUUCAAGACAACCUAUGUGGCUGAGAAUGCUUAUUCUGCUUCCAUUUCUUGUUCCACUCUCCCCUUUCUUGGAAAAGAAGGAUUUCUUGAAGCUAAACGGGCUCGAGAUCGGCUUGAGAUCUUAAAAUCGUUCGUGGUGCCGGUCCUGAUACGUCAUCCUAAAGGACACACAGUCCAUAGAUUGAUAUAUGUCGGGAUACAUACAUAUGAUGAGCUCAGAGGUUCCUCAAUGGUUUAG